AUGGAUCCGAUGAGAGGCGUGUCUGCGGGUGCUGGAAAGCAGCCCGCCCAGACAGAGUCGCCCGAACAGUUGCUCGACGUGUUCAAGGCGGCCGCGCUCUCUGUCACAAAGCUGUACAAGACUUCAGCUGCAGCCCAGUCAAAGGCACGAGCCGAGGGAUACCAAGACUGCCUUGAUGACCUGUUAUCUUUCCUGGACAAAGCGGGCAUGGGUCUUGGCGACGGAGAGGGAUGGAGGAUUCGACGAUGGGCGACAGAGAGGCUCGAUGGGCGUGACACCGGUUCCCAGAGCCUCGAGAGUGAAGACGAAGUCGAAAAAGCCGAGACUGCUUCGUCCCCAGAAAUCACUCGAUCGAACAGCGCAUCACAACUUUCGACACAGGUGCGCACCGACUCAGCUCCCCCGAGCAUCCCUCCCAUUGCCGAAGAACCAACCCCUAUCGUCGUACCGACUCAAGAUACCUUUACGUUUCAGUCGACACACGCCUACCCUAAUAUCGCCACGCUUGACCUGUCAGAUUCAAGGCCUCACGAUGGACCAUCGCUAGCAACAGCCAGGGCGUCGAAAGCCCGCAUGAACGCCAACGCUACCCGACCGCUGCCAAGACCAGGUGCCCAUCUAACACAAAGGGCCGGAUCCAAGCGGAAACUGAAUUUUGACGAGAUAUUUGAUCUUGGAAGUCUUGGAGGAAAGGAUCCAUUCGGCAGUGGGGGCAAGCGGAACCGACAUGCUUGA